AGGUAUUUUCUCACAUCAUCUCAUAAAUAGAUGCCGCCCCCCUAAUUUUGUUUCCCUGGUACGGUUCUAGAUCUGAAAGCUCAGCCCGGCAGCCCCUAUAUCAGCUCUUAUACCAGUAAAAAUGACUCAAAUCAAUUUACCAUUCCAAGUUGAUCAAAUUGUCGAAGUGAAAUCCUUUAUCAAAGGAUACCGCGGGGCUUGGUUUCGCUGUAAGAUAACGGAUAUAACCUAUGAAAGUGGAGAACUUAGGUAUAAGCUAAAGUAUCUUGACUAUCUAGACGAAGCGAUAGAUAAUGCGCUAGUCUUUGAGACGCCUGAAGGUGGGACGGAGAGUCAACUAAUGGUUCGUCCCACGUAUCCACCACAUUAUCAUGAAAGUGAAUACCUUAAUCUCAAGGGUGAGACAGAACCUCUUGUCGUCGUUCAUGAGUCUUGGAAAGUUGGAGAUUUAGUUGAUUGGUGGAGAGAUAAAUGUUACUGGUCUGGAGAAAUUGUGGGUAUCCAGGGUAAGCAAUUAUGUCAGGUGUUUGUAAGGAGUGUGAUGUAA